GAGGCACAGCCAUCAGCACUCUGGACAGAGUUUGGAAAAUAAACCUGCUCCCUAGCUUUCCCCUGUGGCACCAGGUGUAAGUACAAUGAGUUUGUGGUCAGAACACAGGAAUCAACAAAAUGAACCAACUACAAAAUUUGCUGAAGGAAGUACUCACUGGGACAAAGCAUGUAGAAAGUGCUGCUGUUAUUCACCUAAAAGAUGGAGUGGUGUUGGCAGCUACUCCAGGAUUUUAUUUACAGCUGCAAGAUAUCCAGACAGUCAUUGAUGCUUUUAAAAAUCCAAGAAUGACUAGAACAGAGGGACUUUACUUUCAAGAUAAGAGCUACAAAUGUGUCAGAGCAGAUGAAAAAUCCAUCUAUUCUAAAAAUAAUGACCAUGGUUUGGUGAUAGUGAAGACAAUCUCUUAUCUGAUUGCUGCCACAUAUCGUGAAGGCAUGUAUCCCAGUGUCUGUGUGGAAGCUGUAGAGAAGCUAGGUGACUACUUUAAAGAAAAGGGAAAAUGAGAAGAACAUGGAUCAAGACAUUGCUUUCAUCUGCUUCUCUGUGCCAUGUUUAAUACUAAAGAAAAUGAAUGACAGUGCUUUGAGAAUGUUUGGCUGGAAAGUCAACAUGAUGCUAUGGUUCCCUUAUAUUGCUUUUGUAGGGGUUACAGACCAUAAAAUGGUACCUAACGUAUUUGGUAAAUCACAGCUGACUGUUCAUAUCCACUUAUUCCUGAAAGGAUCACACUGUCAGGACUCAAUUCAUGAAAGCAUCUAUACCUUCCUAGGAGCCUAGGCAAGAAAUCUGAUCACUUGUAUAUAACUUGUUUGAUCACCUGUAUGUAACUUGUUUGUACAUACAUAAAAAAAAUAAAUAAAUAGUUCAUAUACUUA